AUGGCCCGCCGAAGCAGCUCCGUUCUCCUUGCCGCCGCUCUGAUGGCGGCAGUGGCCGUCUUCAUCAUCAGCUUGGGGCCGGCGGUGCUGUUCUGGAUCUACUUCAACAAGUGCGGGCGGUGUGAAGAGCCAGACGGUGAUCGCUUCAUCGCCUCACUGCAGUGUGCAGCGGUGCAGCUUCCCGGAGAAAAAUGCGAAAGCGCUUCCACAGAUUUCCCCAGCUUCGAACGCAACAUGAUGCUCCAACAUGGUACGCUCGUGCUACGCUUCUGCCUCACGCACCCUCGAGGACAGAUGGCAGCUGGCAAGUUGUUGCUCAGGCUGCUUGCUACCAGCACAAUGGCCCGCCGAAGCAGCUCCGUUCUCCUUGCCGCCGCUCUGAUGGCGGCAGCCUUCUGGGGCUUCUCCUGCUUCGUGGCACCCAAGGGCGAGCCCGUCGUGGAGCAGCCGCAGUUGCGAGGGCAGGCGCCCGUGGAAGCAGCACUGCUUGGAGCCGCCGCCGCGGCCGUGCCGCAGGUUGCUCUGGCGGGCAACUCCGGCUAUGCUCUGCUCCAGCUUGGAUGGGCCGUCUUCAUCAUCAGCCUGGGGCCGGCGGUGCUGUUCUGGAUCUACUUCAACAAGCCGGAGCUUCUAUGA